AUGAAGUUUUCUCCAUGUCUCGCGGUCUUAGUGUCGUUAGCGGCGGCGGCCCUACAUCGCCCUAACUGGCCCAAACGUCACUUUGGAGACCAGGAGAUCACAGAUCCAAACGUUCUCGCGGAGCUUCAAACCCGGCAUGCGCGCUUGCUCGCAAACAUGAGGGACAAUGAGGUCAUCUAUAUGCAUACUGACGAAGCCAUUGGCUAUCUGAACAGUCCAUUACAGAAGCGUUUAGUUCCGCCUAUCAUCCUUGGUAUUCUUGGUAUAGAUGCUUUCGUCGAAGUUUUUAGCGAGCUUGGGGGCUACGCAGCAGACAUAGCAGCCGGCCUCCAGAGAGCACUCGACUGGAAUGAUCACGCCAUUUGGACCGACCCGGGCCACUGUCGCGUGUUUUUCCAGACACAUGCCGGCAGCGAGUUGACCUUCAAGACCUGGAAUAUCAGUUCUGAUUCUGACAGCCCCGAUACAAAUUGGAACGACCACCAACCUUGGAUUGACCCGCACUCCAACCCUCCACCUGUGAUCUAUUUCGACAGUCCUUUCAUCGGCACUUACAGUGUCCAGUUUACUGCCACCGAUCAGGUCGCCUGGAGCGGCAUUGACGGUACCGAGAAGUGCGUCAUGCAGGGCAUAUGUAAUCCCCAGUACGUCUUUUAUCGCAAUGGUUAUAACAUUCUCAUCAAUACAUGGCACUCCCAGGGAGAGGUUUCUAAAUGUCAAUACUCGGACGGCGAGGAGUGCGGAGGUCUGUGUUCCUCCGGUGUCCUGGACCAGUUCUCGCGGCACGGCAACGUCUGGGGAGGGUGUUGCGCCGUUCCCUGCAUCUGGGACGGCCCAGAUGGUGACUCUAUGUGA